UUUUCUUACUUCAGUUGGAGAUAGCACCCUUAAAUACCUGUAAUUGCUCAGCUCUCGCUUCUCUCCAGACUCCAAUAGCAAGUGAAGCAGCAGCUCUUCUUCUCAGGUAAGACAGAAUGAAGCAUAACAAUGUUAUUCCGAGUGGGCAUUUCAGGAAGCAUUGGCAAAAUUAUGUCAGAACCUGGUUUAACCAACCAGCUAGAAAAACAAGGAGACGUGUAGCUAGGCAAAAGAAAGCUGUUAAGAUUUUCCCUCGACCCACUGCUGGGCCACUUCGACCAAUUGUUCAUGGGCAAACACUCAAGUACAAUAUGAAGGUCAGAGCAGGCCGGGGGUUCUCUCUUGAAGAGCUGAAAGCUGCUGGCAUUCCCAAGAAAUUGGCUCCGACCAUUGGUAUUUCUGUUGAUCAUCGGAGAAGGAACAGCUCAUUGGAAGGCCUCCAAACUAAUGUCCAAAGGCUUAAGACAUACAAAGCUAAGCUUGUCAUCUUCCCAAGGCGUUCCAAGAAGGUUAAGGCUGGUGAUUCAUCUGCCGAGGAACUUGCAACUGCAACCCAAGUCCAGGGUCCAUACUUGCCAAUUACCAGGGAGAAGCCAUCUGUCGAACUUGUGAAGGUCACCGACGAGAUGAAAUCAUUCAAGGCGUAUGAUAAACUGCGCCUUGAACGCACAAACAAGCGUCACCUUGGUGCAAGGCAGAAGAGGGCUGCCGAGGCAGAGAAAGAGGACAAGAAGUAGAGGGCAUGGAUAGUGAAGUUUUGUGCUACAAACAAUUUUUGAAAUUUCUCCAGUUCAUUUGUCGGAGUUUUAUGUCUAUUCUGUUGGAGUUAUUGUUUUGCUUAGUGAUGUUACAAUUUGUAUCCUUUGGAUAUCUUGAGUUGCUUUAACCUCUAAAAGAAAGUUGCUUGUUUUGCCUUUCAUGAACCAUAAGAAUGGUGUGUUUAGUCCUU